AUGUGUCUCGGACCUUGGACACCGAAAGAGAGAAUCGAGAAGUUGGAGGCGGAGUUGGAAUUUGAGAGGAAUCAGCAUGAGGAGACAAAAUCUCAACUGCUCGAGAAGGAAUUGGAAAAUCAACGUCUGCUAGCUGAAAUUGAAAAACUCAAAUUAUCUGCAUCAAAAAAGAAAAAGAAGCCGUGUAGAAGGCACGUGAAGAAACUCCAGGAGCAGUUAAAAGAGAUUCCUGAAGCGACUCCAAUAAAUUUGACGCCUCAAGAGGAUUCAGAAGACACCCAGAAGACGUCAGAGGCCCAAAUGAUGUAUCUGGCUCCCAUCACGAUGAAUGGACUCUACCAAACCUUAGGCCUUCGACCACAAAUGGUGAAUAUGGUACCCAACAAAGUUUUGCCUCGACAAUCGAGUGCAUUGGUUUUGAAGGCGCUAGAGGAGGCAGAAGCCCUGGAGAAGGCGUCUAAGGAUCACGAGCUGGAAAAUCUGGAGAUUUUGGAAGAAACGGAUUCAGAAGACACCCAGUCAUGGUCGGAUAUCUUGGAGACCCAAAAGGAUCCGGAAUUUUCGGAAAAAGAAUCAGAAGACACCCAUCAGCCCUCUGAAAUUUCUGAAACCCUAUCAAAAAUCGCUUCCCUUGAUUCCACCCGUUUACUAAACCUCAAAUACUCCUUUAUUUUCUGA